AUGGACCUACAGGAUGUGUUCACUGAAAUGGCCACGAUGCCGGCCAAUUUACCACCAAACUCUUCUUUGGAGGAUGUCAAUCAGACCUCCUCUUCUCUGGACAGAUCUCCUCCUCUACCUCCUCACUCGCAGAUGGCGUCAGUGUUCAUCGUGCUGGUGGUCACGGUCAUCAUACUGGGGACUGUGGUGGGUAACAUGCUGGUCGUGGUGGCGGUUUUCACCAGCCGUGCCCUGAGGCCACCCCAAAACCUCUUCCUGGUGUCUCUGGCUUCAGCGGACAUACUGGUGGCGACGCUGGUCAUCCCCUUCUCCUUGGCUAAUGAGGUCAUGGGCUACUGGUACUUUGGCUCCAUCUGGUGCUCCUUCUACCUGGCUCUGGACGUCCUCUUUUGCACGUCCUCCAUCGUCCACCUUUGCGCCAUCAGCCUCGACCGCUACUGGUCCGUCACUAAAGCCGUCAGCUACAACCGCAAAAGGACGCCCAAAAGAAUUAAAGCUAUGAUCAGCAUCGUGUGGCUUAUAUCUAUCAUCAUCUCUUCGCCGCCGCUCCUCAUGACGCAGAAUGAGGAGUUCUUGGGGUUGGAGGAGGCCGGUGAGACGCAGAGGCAGGAGUGUCUUCUCAACAACCAGACGUGGUACAUCCUCUCCUCCUGCCUCGUGUCCUUCUUCGCCCCAGGAGUCAUCAUGAUACUGGUGUACUGUAAGAUCUACCGUGUUGCCAAGCAGCGAGCUUCUACCGUGUUUGUGGCAAAGAACGUGGUGGAGCGGCAGCCAUCGCAGUCUGAGACCUGCUUUGAUGUUACCCCCAGGAUGGGUCAAAGGAAGGGAGUGGGCUGCGGUAAAUCCCAGUAUGAGCUGGACAGUCCUCGGCCUGCCAACCAUCACAGCUCUUCCAACAUGGACAGCAACAGCAGCAGCCAAAAGAGAGGGGAGCUGGACGAUAUUGACCUGGAGGAGAGGAGCUGUGAGGCCGACAUUAAAACGACAUCUUCGUUCUCCUCGGCUCUUCGCUUCUCCAGGAGAGCCUGCGGAAACGUGAAAACAGAGGAGAGGAAGGACGCAGAGGGAUCGUCUAACAGGUUGAUGCCUCCUCCUCAUCCACCUUCAUCCUGCGCCUCCAUAUCAUGGGCCUCAUCGGAGAACUGCUCACACAACUUCCUCCUCCCAUCUCCAGGGCCUCACCGCAGCCGGCAGAUGUCUCUGUCCAAAAACAAAGUGGCGCAAAUGAGGGAGAAGCGGUUCACGUUUGUUCUGGCGGUGGUCAUGGGGGUUUUUGUCCUCUGCUGGUUCCCGUUCUUCUUCACUUACAGCCUCCAUGCAGUCUGCAGAGAGAAGUGCACGAUCCCCGAUACACUCUUUAACCUCUUUUUCUGGAUUGGAUACUGCAACAGCUGCCUGAACCCCAUCAUAUACACCAUCUUUAACCGAGACUUCAGGAAGGCCUUCAAGAAGAUUUUAUUCCAGACUAAGAAACGCACAUAAACUGUGAAUGUGUGUGUGUGUGUGUGUGUGUGUGUGUG